UACAGACCACAAAGGCCUCCUUCAAUCCUAUAUCUCUCUCUCUCCCCCUCAAAACAUUAUACUAGUGUCCACCAUGGCUUUACUCAGAGCUCUACUAUCUUCAAUGCUACUUGUAUCUUUCUUCAUCUCCCUCACAGAGGCUAGAGAAUUCUUGGUAGGUGGCAAGACCAAUGCAUGGAAAAUCCCAUCCUCAGAAUCUGAAUCCCUCAACAAAUGGGCUGAAGCCUCACGUUUCCAAGUUGGAGAUUCACUAGUUUGGAACUAUGAUCCUAGCAAAGACUCUCUACUCCAAGUGAGCAAAAAGGACUAUGAUAGCUGCAAUACUUCAAGUCCUAUAGCGGUAUACAAGGAUGGGAACACCAAGGUCAAGCUUGACAGGUCAGGGCCAUUCUAUUUUAUCAGUGGAACACAAGGCAACUGUGAGAAGGGCCUGAAAUUGGUCACUGUGGUGUUGUCUGGGAGGCGUAAAUUCUUCAAUGUUUCUCCAGCACCUUCUCCGGUGGAAUUCGAAGGCCCAGCCAUGGCCCCAACCAGCGAUGGCACAAGCUUGAGGGGCGGUUUUAUGGCAAUUUUUGGAGUUUUGAUAAGGUUGGUGUUGUCGGAGAUGUUGAUGUAGAUUUCUAUUAGUUUCAGUGAUUGGUGGGAUUGGUUUGAUUUUGUAAUAAUUGACUUCCGGGACAUAUUUGUGUUCUCAUAUCUAUUUAUGACAUUCUUUUGAGAAAACAGUAAAUUUAGAUAUGAAUGAUAUUUGUUCUUUACAUACAUGAUAUACUAUGAUCGAACUACAAAUCUACAACACAUACAAUCUUUAAACAUUUUGUCAACUCAUAACGCGAAAAUAUACAUGACAAAACUAGGAAACAACAGAUUAGAAUCAAUUCCUUGCUCCAUCAGGAUAGUAAAGCACAUUAGGAUCAAUUCCUUACUCGAUCAGGAAAGUAAAGUGGUACUAGCAAACAAAAAUUUUCAUUUAUUUCUAUAAACAUGGAUGAAAGAACAAUCUGGAGCAUUAGAAUAAUUUCAUUAAGCCAACUGAUCCGCAGAAAAUUGUCCAUAACAUCACCAACCAAAACGAUCACCCUGCUCAUACAACUUAUUUUUUAACUUUUUGAAAGUGGAAAAGCUGAAAUUUAGAAAAGAAAGAGGUUAGUUUAAAAAGCUGUUUUUUGAAAAGUCAACAACCUUGAUAAAAAAAAUUUUACUCUACCUCUGCACCCAUCAAGACAAAUAGACAGACACGUGCGCGCACAUACACACAAAGGAGACUCACAAUGGACCAAAUAAAAUAACUACAACAUAAAUUGCAGCCGCAAGCGACUGAUUCACCUCCAACAAGUUCAUGGGGUCAUAAGGGAUUACACAGGGAUUCCGCA